AUGGUAGAGUUACUUAUUGGCAGUGGUGUCGAGACCAAUGCCCGGUGCAAGGAAAAUAUCACACCUCUGCAUGCAGUUGUACGAGAAUCCAAGCGCAAGGUUAUUGAGGUAUUGUUAUCCAAUGGCGUAGAUGCCUGUGCUGCUGAUAAAAUGGAUAUACACCGCUAUACAGUGCAGCUGGAAGAGGCCUGUGCAGCUAGAGAAGAUCUAAAGACUACAAAGGUCUUGCAAAAAACUGGAGCAGAUAUACACGCCCAAUCCCUGAUAACAGGCGAACACGCUCUGAUCGCGGCUGCAGGAACUGGAGUUAAGGAUUCGGUGGAGGUACUACUCAACAGGGGAGCUGAUGUUAACGCGCAUGACGAAAUUGUGGAAACGCUUUUCAUAAUGCUUGUGAAGGAGGUGCUGCUUGAUCAUGGAGCCGAUGCCAACCGAAGGAGUCGGCGAUAUGGCCUUCGUUUUCUUUCAGCAGCCUUCAGGAGCCACUUGGAUAUCUUGCGUCUUUUCAUUGAGAGAGACGCUGCGUGCAUCGACUUGACCGAUGAGUUGAGACGUAAUGUUCUCCAUUUUGCCGCAAGGAGUGGCCACCUUUUAUCUUUUGAGUCUCUACUUUCAAAAGGCAUAGACAUCAACAGCAUUGAUGUCAAAGGAAACACAGUCUUGCACUACGCAGCCUGUGCGAACUCUCGCCCGAUUAUCAAGUACAUCCUCGAUCACGGUUUUGCUACCCCCAAAAAGUUGUCCGGUUCUUGGUCCCCUCUGCACUGGGCGUAUAGAAGUGCGAGCAAUGCAGUGGUGAAUCUUCUCAAAACCAUGUACUCGAACGAGGAAGUCAUCCACACUUUGCACCCUGCAGGCCUGUGGACCCCAAUUUCUAUCGGCCUUUACUAUCGCAACGCGAAUCUGCGCGAAUUGUCACAAAACUCACUGCCAAAAGUACUGAAUAUGGAUGAAGGCAUCAUUUCAAACAAAAAGGCAGAAAGCUGUGGCGGUAACACCUGCGACGAAUGCUUUCUGGUAGGUAUUCCUCAAACACUGCCAACAUCAUCGCAUGCUAACAAGGCGGAGAUAAUAUUCAGUCCCCGCUUCAGAUGCCUCAUAUGCUUCGAUUUUGAUUUGUGCCUCAUGUGCAAGCUGACUGGGGACAAGAGCCACCCUCUACAUGGAUGA